AGUUUGGGAGCUAGAAACACUUUGGAGAUAUUGCUGGGGGAUGUGUCGAAGGACUUCCUGACUCGUCCCCUAACCCGGAAUGAAGCCUGUCUUGUUCUUCUCCGUGUGGCCGUCUUUGGAGCCACCACCUACUUCAGUAUAAAGUGGGUCUCAGAUGCCCUAGACCCAGCCCAGAAGCAAAGAAUCCAGUUGAAGAAAAGAGCGGAAGACCUGAUGAAGCAGAUUGGAAUAGAAAAGCUGAAGCUGACGGAGCACGAGAUGAACAUCGUUGCUCAUUUGGUGGUUCCCAGGGACAUCAAGGUCAGUUGGAAUGAUGUUGCAGGCUUAGAUGAGCUGGUCAGUGAACUUCGGGACACCGUAAUCUUACCUUUGCAACAGACACGCUUGUUCGAGUACUCCAAACUCUGCCAGCCCCCAAAAGGUGUCUUACUGUAUGGACCUCCAGGAUGUGGCAAGACUCUCCUUGCCAAAGCAAUGGCCCAGGCCUCCAACUGCAGGUUCAUCAAUCUUCAAGCGCCCACCUUGAUGGACAAAUGGUACGGAGAGUCACAGAAACUCACAGCUGCCGUUUUUUCUCUGGCAAUCAAAAUCCAACCCUGCAUAAUUUUCAUUGAUGAGAUUGAUUCUUUUCUACGAAGCCGUUCAAGUUCUGAUCAUGAGGCCACAGCUAUGAUGAAAGCCCAAUUCAUGAGUCUCUGGGAUGGUCUAGACACUGAUUUUAAUUGCCAAGUGAUAGUGAUGGGAGCUACCAAUCGCCCCCAGGAUCUUGACACGGCCAUUAUGAGAAGAAUGCCUACAAGGUUUCAUGUCAAUCAGCCUGUAAGUUGACUAAAAUGGCUCGAGACAGCCUUCUUCCUAAGGCUCAGAACUUUUGGGUGCCGAAGGCAAGACUAAAACUCGUGGUCUCCUUGUCUCUAGCCUAGUAUCUUAACACUACCUCAUACUAGGGUUCCAAGGUAGUUUAUCACAAAGAAAAACCACAAGCAAAAUAACACAAGC